UCCUCUGCUGUCCCGGGGGAAGGAGAGUGAGCUUAUUCUCCGUCUUCUACCUUCCCUGAGAAACUGCAUCCCCACCCCACCACCCCCCAGGGAGAUGGAGCACCUUCACUCAGAACCGCUUUGAUGUAACUCUGUGCAAGAGAGUAGAGUAAUAACCCAGACCGCUCCCCGCACCGGGGUCAAUAUCCGCGUCCUGAACCGUGAGUCUCUCUCUCUCUCCACAGAUGCUGCUAAGGUCCUUUCGCAGUAUUUUCUGUUAGUUACAGUCUGGGUGACGAUAACUCCCGGAACCCAGGCUGAAGAGCCACUUAAAUGAUACCAAACGACCCAGGGAGUACAGGAGACCAUCAGGUAUGUCAGCGAAUAACUUCCACCUGAACCAAGCAUCGGAUCUGUUCACUCGAUUCCCCGGGGUGGAUGUGGCAGAUGAAGAGAGCCAGCUGAGGGAGGAUCUCAAAUAUUUCUUCAUGAGCCCGUGUGAAAAGUACAGAGCCAGGCGGCAACUUCCUUGGAAGCUGUGCUUGCAGAUUUUGAAAAUUGUCAUGGUGACGACACAGCUGAUUCGGUUUGGGCUGAGUAACCAACUCGUUGCGUCCUUUAAAGAGGAAAAUGCCAUCACCUUUAAGCACCUCUUCCUGAAAGGAUACCAAGGGCCAGAUGAGACUGAUGGCAGUUUUAUCAUCUACACCCAGCAAGACAUUUAUGAUAGCAUGUUUUACACUAUUAACCAGUAUUUGCAGCUGCAGAAUAUGACUGUGGGGAAUUACGCCUACGAUGCAGAUAAAGAGAAUGGGUCCACCUUGCGGAUUUGUAAGCAGCUGUUUAUGAAAGAUACGCCGAUACCCUCCAGGGACAAACUGGGAAUCGACCCAAGCAUCGUAACAGAAUGCAUAAAUAUAGAAUCAGAUUCUGCAAUAGGGGACUCCUUUAAAGAAUGGAAAAUGACCAAUUCAUCAUUUUUUGACAUUGAAUUUUACAGGUUGAUACUUAUAGAAAUCAUCUUUAAACUGAAGGGGAUAGACCUACAAACUAUUCGCAACAAUGAAUUACCGGACUGCUAUCAGUUUACAAUCACUAUUACCUUUGACAACACAGCCCACAGUGGGAUCAUUAAAGUGAAGUUGGAGAGUGAGACCACAGUUACAGAGUGUAAAGAGUGGAAGAUUUCCGGAUCCCUCUCAAAGAACACACACUAUAUCCUGAUCUUUGAUGCCUGUGUCAUAUUGAGUUGCCUGAUGUCACUUGUCCUGUGUACCCGAUCUAUUAUCCUCGGUCUCCAGUUACACAAGAGAUUUGUCACAUUCUUUCAGAGGCGAUACAACCAGAGGGUGUGUUUAUCAGAUCAGUUGGAGUUCCUGAAUGGUUGGUAUAUCCUGAUCAUUAUCAGUGACCUUUUCACUGUCACAGGCUCUAUCAUGAAGAUGGAGAUCACGUCCAAGAACCUAACAACGUACGACAUCUGUAGCAUUUUCUUGGGCACCUCUACCUUGUUCUCUUGGGUCGGAGUCAUCAGAUACCUGGGCUACUUCCAGAAAUAUAAUGUGCUCAUUUUAACAAUGCAAGGAGCUUUGCCCAAAGUACUGCGGUUCUGUUGCUGUGCUGGCAUGAUCUACCUGGGCUAUAUGUUCUGUGGGUGGAUCGUAUUGGGACCAUAUCAUUCGAAGUUUGAAAAGCUAAGCACUGUUGCUGAGUGUCUUUUUUCUCUCAUCAAUGGUGAUGACAUGUUUGCAACAUUUGCUGAAAUUCAGGAGAAAAGUAACUUGCUCUGGCUGUUCAGCAGAAUCUACUUGUAUUCCUUCAUCAGCCUGUUCAUCUACAUGGUCCUCAGUCUCUUCAUUGCCCUCAUCACUGAUACUUAUGAAACUAUUAAGAAAUUUCAGCUGAAUGGAUUUCCACAGACAGACCUCCACAUUUUCCUGAGAGUCUGCACAACGACCCCUGAACUAAGCAGAAAAACUGCAGAAAGCUGCAACACAAAGGGACUGGAGGGGAAAUUGUGCACGAAACACAGAAAGCCAGCACGCAGGGACAGCAGACGCUGCAGCUCUGAGGAUGAUGAUCAGCUGCUAAUAUAAACCUCGCUUUCAGUGACUCUUGGGUUUCUGAAUGUUGUAGUUAUUGGAGUAAUGAGCCCAGUGUGCACUGCCAAAAUGGCCAUCCAUUUAAUAAAACGAAUGACUGAAGCAAAGACUCCCUCUGACCAACCAUAAUUAGUGUCAUUCAAGUGGAAAGGAAGAAAGUCACUGCGUGUAUUUUUUUCUAACUGGUUGGACACUGGAAAAUUUUAUAAUGUAGCCUCUUGGCAAGCUGUAUGUGUGCUGCACAGGUACAUCAGAUCCCUCUCCAACUGGGCAAUGCAGGCAGGCUCAGUACUUACCAAUUGCAACCUGAUCUUGUAUUUCACUUUGUAUUUACUGUACUUUUGCAUUUAAAAAAACUCUAUAUUUGAAAGCUUGGGAUUUUUCUGCAGUCUUUACAUUCUGGUCUGUUUUUGUCAUGACAAUGUAAGAUAAAAAUUCUCUUCUAAAACUUCACUGGUCAUUACAGAAAACA